CCUGUUUACAUCCGCCGGCGCUUCCGUCCCGCCGGCGGUGCUCCUGCCCCUCCGGCCCGCUGCGGCUGCUCCUCGCUGUCCGUGUCAAUGCGCCGCCGCCGCGCAGCGGCCUGCCCCGGCCAUGGACACCAGCGACCUGUUCACCAGCUGCAAGAAGGGGGAUGUCAGCCGCGUGCGAUACCUUCUUGAGCAGCGAGAUGUGGAAAUUAAUGUCCGUGAUAAGUGGGACAGUACACCUCUGUAUUAUGCUUGCCUCUGUGGACAUGAGGAGCUUGUGCGUUAUCUUCUAGCCAACGGAGCAAAAUGUGAGGCAAACACUUUUGAUGGGGAACGUUGUUUGUAUGGAGCUUUGAGUGAUGCCAUCCGACGUCUGCUGAAGGAGUACAAACAGAUCACAGCACAGUGCAUGAAGAGAGAUUACUACGAUGUCUUCCUGCAGCGAUUGCUGGAGCAGGGCUACCAAAGCGACAUGGUUUUCAUCGUUCACGGCAAGUCCUUCUGUGCCCACCGCUGCAUUCUCAGUGCUCGCAGCGCCUACUUUGCAGAAAUGUUUGAGACCAAAUGGAAGGGGAAGAACAUGAUAGUCUUGAAACAUCCACUGAUUAAUCCAGCAGCCUUUGGCUCUCUUCUUCAGUAUCUAUACACAGGUCGUCUUGAUAUCGAUGUAGAAUAUGUACAUGAUUGCAAGAGGUUAGCCAAGCAGUGUCGGCUGCAGGACCUCAUAGAUGAUUUGGAGACCAAAUGUAAAAAAGUGUAUGAAUUUGUCUCUUCCAAGCCAGGGACCUGUGUGAAAGUGCUGACGAUUGAGCCCUCGGGUAACUGCCGGCUGCAGGAGGAUUUGGCUCUGCUAGCAGACUGCGCCCUGCCGGCCGAACUGCGGGUUGGUUUUGGGGAGCUGCCAUUUGACAGCACUGACAACUUUGACAGUUGUCCUGAUGUGUGUUUCCGGGUGGCGGAUUACAACUUUUUGUGCCAUAAGGCAUUUUUCUGUGGUCGCAGUGAUUAUUUCAAAGCCCUUCUUGAAGACCAUUUCAGUGAGAGCGAGGAGCUGCAGACGCAGCCCAGCAUCCCUGUGGUGACUCUCCACAACAUCUCGGAAGACAUCUUCAUCCGGGUCCUCUACUACAUCUACAGUGAUGACACAGAGCUGUCCCCAGAGAAUGCCUAUGACGUACUGUGUGUGGCAGACAUGUACCUGCUGCCCGGGCUGAAGCGCCUUUGUGGCAGGACCUUGGCUCAGAUCCUUGAUGAGGACAACAUUGUCAGCAUCUGGAGGAUUGCAAAGCUGUUCCAGCUGACCCGUUUGGAGGACCAGUGCACGGAAUACAUGGCAAAGAUCAUUGAGAAGCUGGUGGAGUUGGAGGAGUUUGUGGCUGCUGUGAAGGAGAACGCAGACGCUGUGGAGGAACGGCAGGAGACUGACUCCAUUCCUCUGGUGGAUGACAUCCGCUUCCACAUCACCAGCAACGUGCAGACUUACAGUGCCAUCGAGGAAGCCAAUCAGAAACUUGAAGCUCUGGAAAACCUCUUGGCCAGUAUAGGGCUUGAGUGCUGAUGCGUGCAAACCCUGCCUGUCCUAUGCAGCCUGCGUAGCCCCCCUGGUUUGGCUUGGAGUGCAAGAACUUCUGAGUCUCUGAGUGUCUCUCUUCCCCUUCUUUGUCUUCUUUCCCAUCCACUUUCAGGCAUGGUGUAUUUUUAAUUUAUUUGUCUAGACAUUUGCAUGUCUGGUUUGCAUUUGGUUUUAUUUCUCCUUUUGGAAGCAGCUUCCAAAGCUGAAUCUGAAUCAGUAGCUGCUCCUUUGCAUAAUGCAACGUGGAUAGGAGACUGGUAGCUGUUGGGGGUGGUAAGAGGUAGACAUGCUACUGCCUGGUAUUAGUUUUGUUGCCCAACAUCAUGCUUCUGAAACUAGCUUGUGCCAGGAUGUUUGUUUAAUUGCCACCAGCAGGGGAAGAAAACGACAUUAAUUUCUCAACUAUAUUGGAGAGGAGGUGGCCUUUCUUUCACUGUCAGGAUUAGAAGAUGGGCAGUGCUUCCCAAAUAGGGACAUAGGAACCAUACUUGGCUAUGUGACAUAGGGGUACUUGGCUGCGUGGAAGGCACUCUUUGCUGUUCUAGUGCUUAGAUGAAAAAAAUAAGUGAUUCCCAGAUCUUCCCUAGCUUUUCUUUGCUCAGAUUUUAAAAGCUUUGCUUUCUGAACAAACAUCUUUGGCGAUGCAGUAGAAACUAGAAUCUUUCUGUUCAUAGAAAGCAGUGGCUUUCAGUGAAGUAAAAGAAAAAGUACCACUCCUUUUUCUCCUAGCCAGGGAAUGAAAUACUUUCUUCUUGGAAACAGCACUUCUCCCUUUCUUUUUGUCUAUUGUGGUAGAGUAAAACUGACUCAGAUAAGAGGGGUCACAGGAAAAUUUUCUUUUUAGAAGGAAAAAGGGCCUUUUGGGUCUCUUGCAGGGCAGCUGUCCCACUCAUCAACCUUCUGAUUUUGCUCAGCCUUGAGCCUCGUAGCGUCAUUGUUCUCCAGGAAAUUCACUGUUUGUACUAUCACAUGUUUUUGAAUGUGUGUUCUGCAGUAGGUCCCGUUAUCUGCUGUUGUAUCCCUAGACUCCUAAUGAGGGUAAUGAUGUUUUCUCCUUGGCACUAAGCAGCAGCUGAUAACCCUGCAUAAAGCUUGCCUUGCUAAACAGGCUGUCCUCGGAGCUAUUCACCUCUGCAGUGGAACGAGACCCUCGGGUCUCCAAGGUGUAGACCAGGCACUCUCUGUCAUGCUGUGAGCUGGGAGGCACAAGAGGCAUUGUGUGAAUCACUUAGGAGAUCUUGCACUGGCAGUGGGCUGGGUAUUGUCAUUUUGGUCACGUUGAGGCCAGAACUGACAUAAUCCAUGUCCGGUGUGCUCUUACUGCUCGAGAUGUGAACUGCAGCAAAAUGCCUCCAACGGCCUGGUGCACUGGGUAUACGUACACUGGGCUGGAGCAGAGGGAAGGUGGGAAGCCAAAGCAGUGGUUAACGUAUGUAUCACAUAGAAGAGAUACCAGUGCUUCCCUGGCUUGCAAGCGUGGGAUCGGCGCAGGAGCAGUUCCAGGGUGCCUGGCGCAGGAGCACUCCCUGCGCGGAGCAGCGGCGGGAGGGCACGGCCGCGCCAUGGGGUCGGCUGCGGCCGCAGGCGGCGCCAAGCGGGGGCGCGGGGCAGGCGGCGCGGGGCGCAGCGCGGGCAGGGAGCGGCGCAGCAGCCCCUGGUGCCCCCGCGCUGCGCGCAGUGCCGUGUGCACACCUGCCCCUCAGUGGCGCAGCUUGAGGCGGGCGGGAGCGGGAACGGCAUCCCCAGGCCGUGUGCGAGUGCUUUUCUCGGCGGCACCUCACCUGCUAGAGCAAAGGGGCAGUGGGCAAAGCAGGAGCAAGGCAGAGAAGGAGCUGCAGUGCUGGGAAGUGUUUUUCGUGUGGCUGCCCUUGAGAAAUUCCGUUUCGGUGUCCUCACGUGUGGAGCAGCCGAGGCUGCGGUUAUGUACGUGGAAGGAAAGGUCACUGCAGCCUUUUGGGCUCAAUGGAUGUGACCAGUGUCAGAUUGUCCAGCUCCUUGGGUUCCUUUAACCACCACCUCUUGACAAAAUAGGGCUAUCCAAAAGCAUGCAUAAGCUGAUGGUCAGCAUGCAGGCAAGCUCUCCAGAUUGAAACUUAGGUUUGAAAUCACUUUGUUCUUGCUGCAAAUCGUUUUAUUGCAAAAUAAAGAAGAGUUUGAUUUUUCCUCUGUUGCCAGUGUCCUUUUUGUGUUCUGUUGCCCCUGUCCUCUUUCAGUACUACUUGCUGAAUUGAGAAGACUGUAAAAUUUCCCAGAACAACAUUUAUUUAAGAAGAACUGUGUAAGCAUGUAUGCAGCAAUAAAAUAGUCUAUUUCACUAGA